AAAAAUGGACAAAGAAAACUGUACACUUGGCGCUGCUGCUACGCCCAUGUUACCACCGCCUCCUCCUCCCUUUCCAGCUUUCCUCGUCAUCCCGACAAUGUCCACUUUCUUCUUGUUGCAAUCGAAGUCCCAUGCCAUGUUCAUGUUGUCCUUCCCUCCUUGCUUCCUUGCGUUUAAUUUUACCCCGCGUGAAAUUGGUUUGGGUUUGUACCGGCCGGAAAGCUUCAUGUCGGCCGGUAGACUAAAUACUUGGCCGGUUUGACCGAUAAUUGUUCCGGUAGAACACGGUACCGGGAAAAGACCAAAACCGGUACCUGAUUCUUAUUAAUUACCAUGUCGCAACCAAUAAUUCAUGUUUUUCUUUUUCCCUACAAAAGUCUCUUUCUUCCUCCAUUUCCCUUUCAGAACUUUCAAGCUGAAGCAGCUCAUGUUUCACGAUUCAGCCUGUCCAAUUUUCUUUUCUCUUAAUCACAAACACAAAGAGCUACAUGUUAAUUCUGGAAACUUGAUUUAUAUGAGUGCUGCGGAUUUCCUCGGAAACAGAGGAGAGAAGGAAUCGGCCUAUAAUCAAAGAUGCAAAAAAAGAAUCAUCAAGGCUUGGGGUGGAGAUGUCUAUAUGCCAUGUUUAUUGCUCUUAUUCUUACUGCCAUACUACGUCGGAGUUCAACAAAAGGUCCAUCAGUGCCUUCUAUGUCAUCAGACCAACAUCAGUUUACAGAGGCUUCUACUGUAUCAUCAACCCAAGAUCAGCUUACAGAGUCUUCUCCUGGUAACCAAGAUCAGCUUUUGGAGUCUUCCUCAGAUAACCAAGAUCAGUUUGCAGAGAAAGAGUCUUCUCCAGAGGCUCUUGCAAAUUCCCCAGAAAAUGCCCUGGUUUCAGUGAACCCUGAAGACAAUAUGGAGAACAUGGAUUCUCCCUCAGUCAUGGCUGAAGAAACAGAAAAUACUGUAGAUAAUUUUGGUGCUCCAUCAACAAAUUCUACGGCUUCAAUCCCUCUCGAGAGGGAAUACGGUGGUGUUGCUAACAUGUCCUCCUCCAACACACAAGUUUGUGACUACUCAAAGGGUAGAUGGGUUGCCGACAGCAGGCGUCCUUUCUAUUCUGGAUUUGGAUGUAGAAGGUGGUUACCAAAAGCCUGGGCUUGUAGGCUGACCCGAAGAACAGAUUUCUCAUAUGAGGGAUAUAGAUGGCAGCCAGUGAAUUGUGAAAUCCCAGAGUUCAAUCGGUUUACAUUCUUGACAAAAAUGCAGGACAAAACAAUUGCUUUUAUAGGAGAUUCAUUGGGCCGCCAACAAUUCCAUUCUCUCAUGUGUAUGGCCACCGGCGGAGAAGAAAGCCCUGAAGUCAAAGAUGUUGGGCGAGAAUAUGGUCUUGUCAAACAUCCUGGAGCCAUUCGUCCUGAUGGCUGGGCUUUCCGCUUCCCUUCUACUAAUACUACCAUUUUAUUUUACUGGUCAUCGACACUAUGCAAAUUGGAGAGAAUCAAUAGCUUGGAUUCACAUUUCAAAUUCGCCUUGCAUUUGGAUCGUUCACCAAGCUUCAUGAGGAAAUUCCUUCCUCGGUUUGACAUCUUAGUUCUGAAUACAGCACAUCACUGGAUCAGGACAAAGUUUAUAGCAAAUGGGUGGACGAUGUAUUUGAAUGGAAAGCCAAUCAAGGACGGAAUACUUGUUGAUAUGACAAACGUGAAGAAUUACACAGUUCAUAGAGUUGUAAGAUGGCUCGAUUCACAAAUCUCUUUACGUCCUCAGCUGAAAGCCUUUUUCAGGACCAGGUCUCCUAGGCAUUUAGUUAAUGGGGACUCCAACAGUGGCGGCAACUGUAAUAAUACUACUCCUUUGAACGGAGGGAGUGAAGUCAUGCAAGAUGGAUCCAGUGAUAAAGUAGUCGCGAGUGCUGUUAAGGGCACAAGGGUGAAGAUUUUGGAUAUAAGUGCGCUUUCUUCACUAAGAGAUGAGGCUCAUAAAUCCAACUACGGUGGUUUUGGAACAUCGGUUUUCGGUGGUUUUGGAACAUCGGUUUUCUAUGAUUGCCUGCAUUGGUGCUUGCCUGGCAUUCCAGAUACAUGGAAUGAACUCCUCAUUGCUCAACUGUAAGGUUAUAGUUCUUUAUGGAAGAUCUGCAGUCCAAAAUUGUUGUUCUUUAGUAUGUUGCUUUGGAAUAUUGAUUAUAUUGAUCCUUGAAUUUUUCUAAAAUGUCAGUUCUUUCAUAUAUUCAUUUCAAGGGAAUCUACUCUUCCCAGGCAUUUCAAUGGUUCUUCACAUUUCUUGUUGAGAUCAUGACUGUCUUGGUAGUAAAAUAAGGGUUUGUUA